AUGGCACGGCCAAGUAUUUUUUGGGCAAUAGCAUUUAAUGACACAAAGUUCGACGAGUGGCUAGCUGAAGCAAUUGCACCAGCAAUACCAGCGUGUAGGAAAGACUUUGAAAAAGGUACCACAGCAUUGGUGUACAAAUCCAACAAACGCAAAGAACUUGAAGAAGCGGGAUACAGAAUAUGGGGAAACAUGGGAGAUCAGUGGAGUGAUUUACUUGGUACCAACGUUGGUAAUCGGACUUUCAAGGUGCCGAAUCCGAUGUUCUACAUUGGUUGA